AGCGGGGUGCGUUACGGUGUAGGGGGCGUGGUCUAGCGGCGCCGCUAUACGGUGUAUAUAUAGGGGGGGCUUUUUAUAUAGCCUGUUGGGUAGAAAGGAGUGGCUACCGGACGGCUGGGAGGGGCCUCGUACCUACCUUACUAGGCCUGAGGGAGGAGCUAGUGAUUGAGUGAUAUUGGGGGUCUCAGGGGGCAACAUGGGGUUCAUGAAGCAGCUGAUUAUUGAGAAUUUUAAGUCCUGGGGGGGCCGGCAGGUCAUUGGGCCCUUCCUGCGAUUCAACUGUGUCAUCGGCCCCAAUGGCUCAGGUAAAUCCAAUCUAAUGGACGCCUUCAGCUUCGUAAUGGGAGAAAAGCCCGCUAACCUGCGAGUGAGAAACAUCCGGCAGCUUAUUCACGGGGCCAACGUUGGCAAGCCCAUGUCCACGACGGCAAGGGUAGUCUUGGUGUACAGUGAGGAAAAUGGAGAGGAGAGGCAGUUUUCUAGGAUUAUCGUAGGCGACUCUUCAGAGUAUCGGAUUGAUGGCAAGCCAGUAGGGCGUUCCACGUAUGUAAUGGAGUUGGAGAGAAUUGGCAUCAUUGUUAAAGCCAGGAACUGCCUAGUAUUUCAGGGAGAAGUGGAAUCUCUUGCUAUGAAGAAACCCAGAGAGAGGACUCAUCUGUUUGAACAAAUAAGCAACUCCUGGGAGCUAGCAGAUGAAUAUGAGAAAAAGAAGAAGCUGAUGCUGCAGGCAGAAGAGGAUGCACAGUUUUGCUAUAAUAAAAAGAAAAAUGCAGCCGUUCAGCGGAAGCAUGCCACGUUAGAGAAGGCUGAGGCUGAUCGCUACAAAGCACUGCAACAGAAUCUGAAAGAAACCAAGGUCGAGCUACAACUAUAUCAGCUUUUCCACAACGAGAGGAAACUGGAGUCGGUAGUGAGGAGUUUAGAAGAGAAACAAUCGGAUGCCAACAGGCAGAAAGAGCAGCUUGUCCGUGCCGAAUCGGCUCUCAAGUCUGAAAAAGCAGAGCUCGGUCGAUGUACGAGAGAUCUGCAGCAAAUUGAAAAAGAGAUUAAAGUUCAAGAAGUGUCUCUAAGUCAUUUACGACCCCAGUUUAUCAAAGCCAAAGAAAACACCGCUCAUCAUUUAAAGAAAGUCGAAACGGCUAAAAAAAAUGUAGCAAACAAUGAGAAGCAGUGCCACAAAUUGGAACAAGACAAGAGUGAGCUGGAGACAGAGAUAGAGGAUAUCGAGACAGCCUGGAGACUGUUUGAGAGGAAAGUCGAAGAGGAUCGUCAGAGAAGACUAGGAGAUAUUGAGCUAGAAGAAAGUCAGCGGGAACAGUACAGGGAAUUAAAGGAAGAAGCCAAUAAAGAGAGUGCAGUGUUGAGGCAGCAGCUAGAUAGACUCCAGUGGGAGCAGAAAUCUGCCCAGGAGAAGCUGGAAUUUGUUCUGACGAGACAAAAAGAAGUGCAGGUAAACAAGAAACACGUGGAGGAACAGAUAGAAGAACACAACAAACGGAUAGAGAAACUAGAGGAAUACAUAAACACUUGCCUUAAAUCUAUUGAAGAGCAAAGACCUCAGGAGGAGCAACUGGCUGGGGAAAUUAAAGCUAGCAAGCAGCGAAUGGUAGAGAUCAACGAGCAGCUGAACAGUAUUGUUGGAGAGCUGCAAAAUGCCCGUAUUGAUUUCCACGAAGGAAGUAGGCAGAAGAGGAAAGCAGAGGUCCUGGAAAGCAUGAAACGAAUGUAUCCUGACGCUGUGUUUGGCAGAUUAUUUGAGCUCUGCCACCCAAUUCAUAAAAAGUACCAGCUGGCAGUUACCAAGGUGUUCGGCAAAUACAUGAACGCCAUCAUCGUAUCUACAGUGCAGGUUGCUAGAGACUGCGUCAAAUUUCUUAAAGAGGAAAGGGCGGAGCCCGAGACUUUCCUCGCCUUGGAUUAUUUGGAUAUAAAACAAAUCAAUGAAAAGCUGAGAGAAAUAAAAGGCGCCAAGAUGAUGGUUGAUGUCAUACAAACUGUAAGCGCCCCUCUGAAGAAAGUGAUCCAGUUUGUGUGCGGCAACGGACUGGUUUGUGAUACGGUGAAGGAAGCAAAACGGAUUGCGUUUGAUGGACCUGAACGAUUAAAGGCGGUCGCUCUAGACGGGACGCUUUUUUUGAAAUCUGGCGUCAUAUCCGGCGGAUCGAGUGAUCUGAGAUAUAAAGCUAAACGCUGGGAUGAGAAGGAGAUCAACGAACUGAAAGAGAAAAGGGAUGCGCUAAUGGCCGAAUUGAAAGAGCUGAUUAAGUUACAGAGAAGGGAGAGCGAUUUAAAGCAACUUCAAGCUCAGCUGCAAGGAACCCAGACGCGCAUGAAGUAUUCACAGAGCGAAGUGGAAGUCGUUAAAAAGAAACAUCUGGCUAAUUGCUCUAUGGAAAAAUCCCGGCUAGACAGCGAGUUGGCGAACUUUGCUUCUCAGCUCACGAUGCUCAGAGAGGAACUCGAUGUCCAUGGAACGAAGAUCGGAGACAUUCAGGAGCAAAUGAAUCAGGUAGAGGACCGAGUGUUUAAAGAUUUCUGCGAGGCAAUCGGGGUGCCGAAUAUUCGCGCGUACGAGGAAGAAUAUGUCCAACAGCAGCAGGAAAUGGACAAGAAAAGACUGGAAUUUGACAACCAGAAGACAAGAUUAGGGAUCCAGCUGGAAUACAUUCGGGGGCAGCUGGAAAAGGGGAGGAGCAACAUAGACAAGUCAAAGCAAACCUUGCAGAAGGAAGAAGGUGAUAAAGUCAGGCUGAAAAAGGAAGAAGAGCAGUGUAUGAAAGCAGUGGACAAGGCUAUGGCGCAGCAACAACAGUUCAAAAACAACUUCACCUUUAAGAAAUCCGAAGUUGCCGAUGCCCAGAAAAAAGUCGAAGAAGCGAGAAAGGCCCUAUUGAAUGUGAAUAGAGAGAUGAGCAAAAAGCAAAAAGAAGCAGCGGUGAUCGAGAACUCGGUAGAACAAAAAAAGAUAGAAAGACACAACUUACUCCUGGAUUGCAAAGUCCAAGAUAUCCAGAUAAUUCUCCUGACAGGAUCCUUGGACGAUAUCACUGAAAUAGAGCUAGACACAGAGACAGAGAGCACACAAGCCACCGCCGACAUUUACGAGAGAGAGGGGAACAUUCAGAUAGACUAUAGAGGCCUCCGGAAGGAUCUGAAGAGUCUCGUUACAGACAAGGAGAUAUCGGCUGAGCUUAUGACGCUGCGCCAGGAAACCAUCACUCUGGAAAACACUUUACUGAAAACAGCCCCAAACUUAAAGGCCCUGGAAAAGCUACACAGCGUCAGAGAUAAGUUCCAGGAAGCGGCAGACGCAUUCGAAGCCAGCAGGAAGAAGGCCAAGCUGUGCAGAAACGAGUUUGAGCAGGUGAAGAAAAGGAGAUACGAGCUCUUCAGCCGCUGCUUUGAACACGUCUGCGUAGCCAUCGAUCAGAUCUACAAGAAGCUGUGCCGGAAUCCCAGUGCCCAGGCAUUUCUUAGUCCUGAAAAUCCAGAAGAACCUUACCUCGAGGGAAUCGCCUAUAACUGUUCAGCACCUGGAAAACGCUUUAUGUCUAUGGACAAUCUAUCAGGGGGAGAGAAGGCAGUGGCGGCUUUGGCUCUGGUAUUCGCCAUACACAGCUUUCGACCAGCACCUUUCUUUAUUUUAGAUGAAGUAGAUGCAGCUUUGGACAACUCGAAUAUUGGAAAGGUGACGAGCUACAUCAGAGAGGAAUCAAGGGAGCAGUUUCAGGUGGUGGUAAUCUCUCUGAAGGAAGAGUUUUACUCCAGAGCCGAUGCAUUGAUCGGGGUCUGUGCAGAGCAAGAAGAAGCCAUCUCUAGUAAAGUCCUGACCCGCCCAGGUCCUGUGGGUCUCAUCACUAGCGGGUACCCACAAUGCCCCUGUACACCCUCAGUUCUCCCCUAUAAAUCACAUACCCCACAGUAACCUGUUUCUGUUACUCUCCCCCAGCAAGAAGAAUCCAUCUCUAGUAAAGUCCUGACCCGCCCAGGUCCUGUGGGUCUCAUCACUAGCGGGUACCCACAAUGCCCCUGUACACCCUCAGUUCUCCCCUAUAAAUCACAUACCCCACAGUAACCUGUUUCUGUUACUCUCCCCCAGCAAGAAGAAGCCAUCUCUAGUAAAGUCCUGACCCGCCCAGGUCCCGUGGGUCUCAUCACUAGCGGGUACCCACAAUGCCCCUGU